AGGGCCCGGGGACGGCCACAUCUGUCCUCUCAGGAAGGAGCAGCGUUCUGGCCUAAUUCUCUGCGAAGAGGUCAGAGACUGCCGCCGCCUCAGCUGCUCUCUGUAGCAGGCACAUGACCAUGAGGGAGCGGAGAAAGGAGGCGGAGGGAGGGCGGCUCUCUGUGUAUCUGAGGAGGCAGCAGAGGAGGGGCCGCUACACACACGUCAGGGAAGCUCCGAGAAAGUGAAAGGAAGCGUCGGUUGCACACACAGCAACAGUACAGUAUACCGGACACCUCACCAGGAGCACCGGAGCCAAGCAUGCAGCAGCCCUGAGUGCCCACACCACCUACACAUGGCUGGCAGGUGUCCCCGGGGUGCAGCUUACACUACGUGCAAUUUGUGUUGAAUUGGUAAUUAGCCACACUUGAAGUCUCAUGCAAUGAGGAUCCGUCUGAGAAAAUGGCCGUUUAUUGUGAAGACUUUAGUAUUGGUUGGUCUUUUCAUGGUUACCUAUAUGGUUGUGGAACUUUCUGUUUCUACUUUACGCUCAUCAGAUGGGCAGGAUCACACUACAAAAAGGAGGUGGGAGCGAGAGUUUUCUGCUACAGAGGAGAAAAUAAAGGACCUGAAUCGUCCAGUUUAUAUUAAACCUCCCCCAAAUCCAAACGCACUAGGAGAAUGGGGGAAAGCUGCAAAACUACAGGUUAAUUCUGCUGAAAUGAAGAUGCAGGAGGAAAGCAUUGAAAAAUAUGCCCUUAAUAUUUAUUUGAGUGACCAGAUAUCAUUGCAUCGGCACAUACAGGAUAACAGAAUGUAUGAGUGUAAGUCAAAAUCUUUCAACUACAGAAAGCUUCCAACAACAUCUGUCAUAAUUGCAUUUUAUAAUGAAGCAUUAUCGACACUGCUCCGUACAAUACAUAGUGUAUUAGAAAUGUCUCCCUCUGUACUUCUGAGAGAAAUUAUAUUAGUGGAUGACUUCAGUGAUAAAGUAUUUUUAAAGUCCCAACUUGAAAACUAUAUCAGUUCCCUGGAGAGAGUGCGUCUGAUCAGGACUACAAAACGUGAAGGACUAGUGCGAGCACGACUGAUUGGGGCAACCUACGCCAUAGGAGAUGUGCUCACGUUUCUAGACUGCCAUUGUGAAUGUGUCACUGGUUGGCUCGAACCACUUCUAGAGAGGAUUAGGGAGAAUGAAACGGCAAUUGUCUGUCCUGUAAUUGACACAAUUGACUGGAAUACAUUCGAGUUUUACAUGCAAACUGGUGAACCCAUGAUUGGUGGAUUUGAUUGGCGGUUGACGUUUCAGUGGCACGCCGUACCAGAACAGGAGCGCCAAAGAAGGAAGGCUAGGAUAGAUCCUUUAAGGUCUCCGACAAUGGCUGGUGGAUUGUUUGCUGUGAGCAAGAAAUAUUUUGAAUUCCUUGGUACUUACGACAUGGGGAUGGAGGUUUGGGGAGGAGAAAACUUGGAGCUCUCUUUUAGGGUGUGGCAGUGUGGCGGGACUCUUGAGAUUCACCCAUGUUCUCAUGUUGGACAUGUUUUUCCGAAGAAGGCCCCUUAUGCCAGGCCAAAUUUUCUGCAGAACACUGCACGUGCUGCUGAAGUGUGGAUGGAUAACUAUAAGGAACAUUUUUACAAUAGGAACCCACCUGCCAGAAAGGAAAACUAUGGAGAUAUUUCUGAACGAAAAUUACUGAGAGAGAGACUGCAGUGCAAUGAUUUUAACUGGUACUUGAAAAAUGUUUUUCCUGAUUUGCAUGUUCCCGAAGAUCGUCCUGGCUGGCACGGGGCAGUCCGUAGUAUGGGCAUAUCAAAUGAAUGUCUAGAUUAUAAUGCCCCAGACCAUAACCCCACUGGAGCUCACCUCUCUCUGUUUGGAUGCCACGGGCAAGGUGGCAAUCAGUUUUUUGAGUAUACAACACACCGAGAGAUUCGCUUCAAUUCGGUCACUGAAAUAUGUGCAGAGGUCCCUGAAGAACAGAAAUAUAUUGGGAUGCGGCAUUGUCCUAAAGAUGGUAAUCCUGUACCUGAAAAUAUUAUUUGGGAGUUUAGACCUGAUGGAACAAUCUAUCAUCCGCAUUCAGACCGAUGUAUUAGCUCGUACCGUACAUCCGAAGGACGUGCAGAUGUGGAGAUGAAGCCCUGUAGCCCAAUGGAUAAAAACCAACUUUGGAAAUUUGAACAGUAGAAAAAAAGGAGGCAAUCUACUACAGACUGAUUACAAUUUUCUGCAUUUAAACAAAAAGCUCCUAACCAUGACUAUUAAUUUCCAAAAUAAGACCGGUUACUGGAUUGAAUUUAGUUUUUCUACCUGUAACAUAUCGACUUGCCAGCAUAUGCAAUUGUCCGUAUAUCCGAAAGUGCCUUUAUACACAUUGUGUGCUGCUGGAGGCUAUUUUCUUGGUUUAGGAGUUUUUAGGUAUGUAUUGAAAGGUACAUAAGAAGCGUAUUAAUUGCAGUCAACCCUUUUAUUUAUUUUUAUAUGACUUGCAAGUUAGUAUACAAUUUUAGAAAGUGUGGUGGUUUACUACAAAGUGGAGGUAUAAAUUUGCACUCCGUAUUCUUGUGCCAUGGAAUGCAGUUAUCUUGUGCCACAUCUCGCUAAUACAGUCCAAUUUAUUUUGUUCAAGAACUUGGUGAUAACACAGAACAAAAACAAAGUUCAGUUUAUGUGCAUUCCACUGGAAUGUACAUUAUAUAAUACGCACUGAUGGCUAACUUGAAAUUACAAAUAGACACUUGGAAAGUUAUGUACUAUGGCUGAAAAGAAGGGUACUGUUACUACUGGCAGAUGAGUCAAAAGUUAUGCACAGAUCUGUGGCGCAUUACUUGAUGGAACAGACGUUCCUUUUUCUAGACAGCUGGUGUCACUAUUUCCGUUUAUAAGCAGCUUCUACAGUAGAUGGAGACUGAAAUUGUUUCUGGAAAGCCAUAGCAGGAGUUACACCUGUAGGAUAGAGAAGGUUAUUAACAAUAAUGAACGUACAAAUCAUGCGUCAACAUAGUAAUUUGUAUGUGUUUUCCUUACAUAUACUGCAAAGAUCCGUUAUCUUAAUGAUGCACCAGACAGAAUUUCAAUCUGAAUUUUUUUCAAGAUCAUUUUGUUAAAACCUAAUAAAACUAAAAAAGCAACCAAUGUUAUAGGCUUACAAUUGGAAUACAUCUUAUAGAAUAUUAUGUAAAAGAUAUACUUUGUCACAGCUGUCUACAUGAAAAAACAGACUAUUAAAAAAUACUGACUUUAGGUGAAUUCACAUUUAACACUUCUUUUUGUGAUUAUGAGACAGAUUUAUUAAAGCUUGGAUAGAGAAACUACCAACUAAGCUCCUUACUGUCAUUUUCUAGCACAGCCUAGCACAGGUUGGUACUUUAGCUCUUUCCACUUUUAUAUCUUCAAGCUUUCAUAAAUGUCUUUAUUACUGAAUAAUAUCUGUGACCGUUCAAGUUACAUCUUUAUUAGAACUCUUAAAAGUUCUAACUUUCAAACUUGAUUGACACUAUGUAAUGUCAUACCUGACAUUACUAUAAACAGAUUCAUAAAUUUAAUAUACAUCCGGAUUAUAUUCCUGAUUGCAUACUGUAUAUCCAUUAUUGAAGCAUUCUAAUUGCUGUUCACAAUGCCACUUUGAGAAUUUACAUAGUUGAAAUACAAAUAUUCACACAUUCACAGGGAGUUCAGGAAGUCCCUCCACAAUAACUGCACUAAGCAUGCAAGCCUCCCCGCAGAGAAUGUGUGCUUAGUAAUAUGACAUGAUUUAUUUACAUGAAAUAAAACAGAAUUUGUUACGUACUUAUCUACAUUAAGGGGGAUAUCCUAUGAGCAGCGGUAAUUCACUGCUAUUUGCCCCGAAGUUGGCACUUAUCAGGGAUUAUGCUUUAAGCAGCCCUUCAGAGCCACGAUAACACAUGGGUGUGGGAACUUAUCAGGCAUGUGUUAUCGUCCGGAAAUAGGAUUUUUUUAGGCUGAAAAAAAAUGGGCUUUAAUAGGAUAGCCUGAUACUCACCAUUGGUCUAAAACUGCAAUAAAAGCAUGUUUUCUUCGGCUGAAAAAUGAACGGGGCUAAUGGGAUACCUCCCUCAGUGGUGUUCCUCUCUGGCCUCCCACAGCUGCAGAGAUUUGCAGCCAGAGACAGCUUAGCAGGUGGUACUCCCCUUACAGGUAAAUUUCCAGCACAUAUGAAGAAUAAUGGAUACCAAAAUCAGACUCUGAAGCUCUUAUAUAAAAAAUAAUCAAUACGCUCACGUGGCUGCGUGCCAACAUUGUGGAAUUUAAUUCUUCUCUGAGUGCCGAUUAUAUUUCUACAACGUUGGUAUAUAUACUGUGCGUGUGUGUGUGUAUGUAUGUAUGUAUGUGUGUGUAUAUGUAUAUAUAUAUAUAUAUAUAUAUAUAAUCAUAAUAUAAUACACACACACACAUAUAUGUAUAGUGAAUACAUAAAUAAUACUUUGAAUUGGACCUUGUCACCUCAGUCCGCACCCUACCUGUUGCCGUCCAACCCAUCCCCACUGUAUUAAUUACCACUUUCCUGGGUGUGUAGUUAUCAGGUUCCUCUUCAGCUUGUAUGUCUGAGUUGUUCCGUCACUGCAUUGAAAGCUUGUGUGUGGGUGGAUAUGUCCCGUCUUCAGGUGCGUGUGACAUAAAUGGAACAACUUAGAACAUUUGAAUACAAAUAAAUAAUAUAUUAUUUUAAGUUGAGUUACUUUUCAUUCUCAUCUCUGUCCCAUGUUUCUAAAUGAUAACAAUGUCUGAUUGCGUAUCACUUGGUCUAUAUACCAUCCAGAAAAUGUUAGUGCUCUCUAAGUAGCUAUUUAUAUUUCUCACUGCAACAAAAGACCUUAUAGAUUCCAAACCAGCUGCAAUGCUUGUGUCAAUUUACAGAUCUUUCUAUGCAACAUGGUAUGCCUAAUUAUAGAUAAAUAUAAUGCACAGUUUUCAGGAAAAUCUGAUGCAAAAAUGUAUUAGGGUUUUUUCUUUUCUUUUUUUUUUUUUAAUUAUUAUUGUUGUUUUCUAAACUUGGUGUGAUCAGUGUGGGAGCUUAUAUCCACUAAGGUUUCAUUGAUCUCUAUUGGAAAUCAGUAAUUAGCAUACAUUGCAGGAUAUACCAAAAAUUCCUCUCAGUAUACAGUAGGUGUUCUAGCUGACUCGCCAUACUGAAAGCACUGCAUCUUUAAAUGUUAGUGGGUCUGAGUUCUAGAAAUGGAAAAAAUUUAGAAAUAUUAGGGUUUUAAACUACUGAUCAUAAUUGUAAUCUUAUUAAUGUUGUAAUUUUCAUGCAAAAUUUUUAUUUACAUUUGUUAUAAAAUAAAAACUUUUUUCCAAUGAGAUAAA